AGCCUACUAGUGGUCACUGCAUGUUAAAGAGAUGUAGGCAGCCCCUCAGCUGGAGUCAGUGUCACUUCUGGUAAGAUCCGGGUUUUUGGACACAGCCCUUCAAAUGACUGAGUGGGUGAACAGAAGAUGGAGACACAAUUAAGCAGAUAUUGCAAACAGGAGGAUAUGUUUAAUGGAAGCAAGCUGUCAGGGUCUUGCAAUAACCAGUCCCAACCAAAAAUAUUUACCCUUGGGACUGGGUCAUCAGAUUCCAGUUCUGCUCUCACAGUGGAAAAUUUGAAAAGGCUGGAAGAGGAAUAUGAAGCUUCUAAAGAAGCCUUCAAAAUGCAGAGAGUACAAGAUUAUAUUGAACAGACUGAUCUUGCUCUCUUCGACAAAGAGACAAGUAGGAGAACCAACAGAGAUUUUGUCUGUGAUGCAGAGCCUGAAGGAGUCUCCUCAUCCUCUCCUGCAAAACAAGAAAAAAUUACAACUGAGGUUUCUGAAAGAUCCCCGAAGAAAGGAAAGAUAUUAACAGUUUUGCUCCUGCAGCACCGUCAUUCUUCUGAGCUCAGAAGACAAUGUUAUCCUGAUGGACAGGUUUUUUUUCUCCUGUUCCAAGAUGGAAGUGGUCAGAUUUACUACACAUUGGGCAACAUGGCUGUUUUCAUCACGUUCACCAAGGAAGGCCUGUUCACCUAUUGCAUGCAGAACAGCAGGUACCCAGGGCUGAGGACUGCCUCUGGGAGCCAUGGUCACAGGCCACAGCAAUCGGUCUGCUUCAAUGUGGGCUCCCUGCUCAAGCUGAAAGACCCAGAAAAAAGUCACCUACUGAAGUGGCCAGAAAGCAAAGACGAGCUCAUCCUUCAGUAUAAAAAGAUUCAGCUCAGGAGACUGCCGUCCAAAAAUCAGACAAUGUUGCAAUACUUUUGGCAAUCCCUUUCUCACUGA